AAAUCAAUCAUUUAGUAGUUGACAAUCUGUACGAACAUAUUAGGCGCACGUUUGUUUUGACUUGUCUAAAAUAUUGUUUUGGAGAAUGGAGUCGAAGGGAAAGAUGUGUCAAAAGAUGGAAUUAAAAAGCCUCUGCAAAUGUGAUAAAUGUAAAAUUAAAAAAGUUGACAAGUGGCUCCGUAAGAAACGGCCAUCUCUCUUUCCGAUGUGCUAUCAAUUUAGGAAGGCAUAUUUCGAUAAUGACCAACCUAUCCUGGGGCAACUGCAAGUAUUCUUCGAGCAUAAGCGUUGUCUCUGCUGCGGUUAUACUCUCUUGCACUUGGCCGUCAAUGUUGGCUCCAGAGACUUAGUCAAAUACUACCUUAGCAGAAAGCAUGACGUAGAGGUGAGGACCGACAAUGGAGAAACGGCGCUGCAUUUGGCUUGUGCCGUCGAUGAUUCGUGGUUCGUGGAGCAGCUGCUCAUUGCCAAAGCUGACGUACAGACCACAGACAAUCUCGGCUGCACACCGUUGCAGAUCUGCCUGAGCCACGAUAAGCCAUCGGCAGCUACCUUGAAAGUGCUCUUCGACUAUGGCGCUAGACCUAACAGACUUUUCAAUGUUGGCAACGAUCCUGAAGAAUCGAUUGCUAUGGUGGUCAAAGCCAAUGCGAGACAUUCUUGUGGAGUAUUGCCACUCUAUGAAGCUGUGUACAAGGGUAAUCACAACGUCGCUCGACAGUUGCUCCAGAAUGGCGCCUGUCCUAAUAGUCUCAACUGCUACCAACGUAGUUUGCUGCAGGUGGCCUGUUUUAACAAUUCGGUUGGGUGCGCGGAGGCUCUCGUCCAUGCUGGUGCUAAUGUGAACGAGUCAGAUUUGGAAGGAAGGACAGCAUUACAUUACGCAAUCAUCAGCGAAAGUACGGAGAUCGUGGAGCUGUUGUUGGCCAACAAUUGCGAUUUGUGGGCGAGAGACUCGGACGGUUAUACGGCCUUUGGAAUGGCCGCACUGACGAACCGCUUGCAAGUAUCGGAUCAACUGCUAAAUCACGGCGCCUGGUGUACUGAGGUAUUGCUUAUGGAGGUUCUCGAGCGUCAAUGCAGUGAGGUAGCUCUUUUGAUACUUCGUCGAGGCAACUUUAGAGUUCAUGAUACCAAGUUUGGCCAAACGCUUCUGUACUGCGCUAUAGCCACGGGACAGCAAGAACUUGUGUGUUAUCUUGAAAGUUUGGGUGUUAAAGUAACGUACGAUGGAUCUGAUGAUGAAGAAGAGAAUCUUCCGAUUGUUUCAUCCUACGCACAUUCGCUCACAAAGACUACGCUGUCGACUCGGUUAGUUUCGAAUAAUCUUGUCGCUUAUCGGUCGACGGAAUAUCCAACUAGAAACAUAGUCGAUCCGCGAUAUUCAUGUUCAGCGCCAAAGACAAUAAUGCCCGUUACUUUUGUUCCGAGUAAACUUGUUUCUCAUCGUACAACCGAUCGUUCGAUCAAAAAGAUAGGUAACAAUAAUACAGGUGAAAUGAAGAGAAACUGUACUUAUAUUCUACGUCCUCAUAAUACGACGCUGAAUACUGCUCUUCACAGCAAACAAUCUAAGUACGCUCAGAUUGUCGAUCAUUGUUCGAAUUCCAAAUUAUUUACUCGUCAACGAAGCGGAAUUACAAGAUCAACAUUCUGCAAUGCAUUUCAACAGAACGCGCGCGGCCAUGAAAAAAGAACACCAAGAAAACGUAUCGUUUCGGGUGAUUGCAUCACAGUAUUGCCUGAUAAGGAAGUAUCAUCCAAAUGUGGCAAUGCGGCAACUCAAUACAAUUCUACUAAAAUGUCUUCACUUAAAUCUGACUCUACUAAAAUACCUUUAUGGAAAACCAACUCUACCGUGAGGCCUAAUAUGAAGUUGUUCCUUAAAUCUACCCCAACAAAAUCGUUAAAGCCGCGAAAGAGUGAAAAUGUCAAUUCUAUCUUUCAUUUUUACUGUCAGAAAAAAUUAAAGUCCAAAUUAACUAGGUACGAAAGCGUUUGCUUAUAACCUGCUAGUUAGGACGAAAAAGUGAAGAAUAGUACCCAAUGUUGACACUUUAUCUAAAUUUUACAAAUAUUAUAUUCAGUAUAAAUAAUUAUUACUGAGAUAUUCAUUUUAUUUUUUAUGACACUUAUAUUUAAAUUACGUAAUUGACAAGAAUAAAUAUAUUUUUUAAUUUAUAUAUGUACAUACAUAUUUUUUUAGUUAAAUGUAUAUAACGUUGAUUAGCUUAUACUUUUUUGUUUUUUUUUAUGGAUAUAGACUGUAUUAAUCAAAGCUAUUGUAUGUUGACCUAAAGAUUCAAAUAUGAAGAUGUUUUUUCCUU